GGGGAGGACCGGCUGAGCCCGGCUGAAAAGGAGGGCUCACCCUCCCGUCGCACCCCUAAACCUCGUUCCCGGGUCGUGCCGGUGCUUUUUGUGGUGGGCAGAUCCCCUGCACCCCGCCCCCCCACACACACUUGAGGCACCAUGGCGGUGUCCUGGAGGAGCUGGCUGGCCAACGAGGGGAGCAAGCACCUCUUUUUGUUUUUCUGGCUCUCUCUCAAUGUGUGGCUCUUCUGGAAAACCUUCCUGCUCUAUUAUCGAGGGCUCCAGUACUAUUAUUUGCAUCAGAUGUUAGGGCUAGGAUUGUGUGUUAGCAGAGCUUCAGCAUCUGUCCUCAAUCUCAACUGCUGCCUGGUCCUUCUACCAAUGUGCCGUGUUCUCUUGGCCUUCCUCCGAGGGUCUCAGAAGGUUGCCAGCAGGAAAACCAGAAGGCUGAUAGACAAAAGUAAAACUUUCCAUGUGACAUGUGGUGUAACAAUAUGCAUCUUUUCAGUCUUACAUGUUGCUGCUCAUCUGGUGAAUGCUCUUAACUUCUCUGAGAACUACAAUGAAGACUUUCUGGCAAUAAAUGCAGCACACUAUCGUGGUGAGGACCCAAGGAAACUGCUUUUUGCUACUGUUCCAGGUCUGACUGGAGUCUUUAUGGUGCUAGUAUUAUUCCUAAUGUGUACAGCUUCUACGUAUGCCAUCAGCGGAGUGCUCAAGUACCAAACCAACUUAGAGGAACACCCUCCUGGUUGCUUUAAUCCUAACAAAACACUCCGAGAGAAUAUGACAGUGCCAAAGGCUUUUGAAGAGCCGUUUCCUAACCAUACUACUGAACCUUUCCCAGAGGACUUAUCAGUACCAGAAACCUUUAUACAAAAUAACUUUAUGAGAAUUUGUUCCGAGGAACCCAAGUUCCAGUCACACUUCCCAGAGACCUGGUUUUGGAUUUCUGGACCUCUCUGCUUGUACUGCGUAGAACGGCUGUACCGCUACAUCCGCAGCAAUAAGCCGGUCACAAUAACUUCAGUGAUAAGCCAUCCCUCCAAUGUCCUUGAAGUAAGGAUGAUCAAAGAUGACUUUCAAGCAAGGCCUGGCCAGUAUGUUAUUCUACACUGUCCAAGAGUGUCUGGACUGGAAAGCCAUCCAUUCACCCUUACAAUGUGCCCUACAGAUACCAAAGCAACGUUUGGGGUCCACCUUAAAGUAGUAGGAGACUGGACAGAAAGAUUUCGGGAUUUACUGCUUCUACAUUCAAAUCAAGACACAGAGAUUCUGCCCAUCUUUCAGCAGAGGUGCUAUCCCAAACUGUAUGUGGAUGGACCUUUUGGAAGUCCCUUUGAGGAAUCCCUGAACUAUGAGGUCAGCCUCUGCGUGGCUGGUGGUAUUGGAGUUACGCCAUUCGCAUCGGUACUCAACACACUGCUUGACGGCUGGAAACGCUACAAGCUGAGAAGACUCUACUUCAUUUGGGUGUGCAGGGAUGUUGAAUCUUUCCGCUGGUUUGCAGAUUUGCUCUGUAUGCUGCAUGACAAGCUUUGGCAAGAGAAUCGACCAGACUAUAUAAAUAUCCAGCUGUACCUCAGUCAAACAGAUGGAAUACAGAAAAUAAUUGGUGAAAAAUAUCAAGCCCUAAACUCGAGGCUUUUGAUUGGACGACCCCGGUGGAAGCUUCUCUUCGAUGAAAUAGCAAAGUGUAACAGGCGGAAGACCAUUGGAGUUUUCUGUUGUGGACCAAACAAAAUCUCUAAGAUACUUCAUAAACUGAGCAACAGCAGCAACUCUUAUGGGACAAGGUUUGAGUAUAAUAAAGAAUCCUUCAGCUGAAAUCUGUUGGACUAGCAAGAGUCUCUAGAAGAUAAAAGUGCAAUUUUUUGUUUGUACAACUUAAAAGUUCAGCUGUGGUUUAAACAGACAGAAAUGUACCAAAGAAUAGCACAGUUUUUCUUAUUUAUGAUUAUUUAAGAGUCUGGAAAAUGAUGGACAUGGCAGUAUACCAACAAAUAAUAAGUGCUUAUGCUCAAAGCCAAAUGUGCUCACACAGUAUUUGUGGCAGCAGUGAUUCUUUGGAGUUGUUUCUGUUAAAUGAAAAGUACAAACACUGGAGAGGGACACAGUUGCUUUAAAGCCAAUGGAAGGACAAUCUGUGGAAUGUUCUUCCACUUCAGCCCUCUGAAGUUGGAUCAGUAAAUUAAACCCCAGGUUAAUCCAAAUGGCAAAACAUAGUGCAUUUCAAAGACCUAUUGCUUUUGUUGGUAUACAAACCUUAUGGCUUUGGGGUGGAGACACUCCAUAUUAAAGGUUUUAUGCAUUGCGGAAUUGAGAUUCUGUAUUUCAAAUAUACAGUGUUACUCUAGUCUGCUUCUGUCAUGGGUGUCAGUAUUCCCACCUUGAAUGAAAGAAAGGGAGGAAUUUAGGCAAAGACGGAAAUUAACCUAUGGAAAAGCAAGCACAACGAUGUAGCACCUGUGGGCGGACUCAGCCAUAUGUAUCACAGCCUUUUGGCAAGCAAACAGCUGUACAUGGAGAACUCUGUAUCUUGCAUCAAUUCAGCGUUCAGUGAGUUUGCAAAAGAAGUGUGAUUUGUGCAGCCAGAAAGAUGGAGCAAAAAAAAGUAAUUAAUGGGAGGAGACAGGACAUGACGUUUUAGUAUACCACACACCCAACAUGGAAGUUGCACUCACUUUGCACUCACAUGCCCUGAAUGUCAAAUACUUAUUAAAGCAUUCAGAUGUUCUUACUGAUUGUUCUUACAAUGAAGCAGGUUGAAAAUCCAGUUUUAGAAAUUGCAGAUUGUCUUUGGUUGAUUGUGAUCCUUGGACUACCUUCACUGGAGUCAGGCUUGUUUAUUCAGUCACACUGGUGUCCCUGCAACCAGGAUCCGGCCAGAUCUACAGCAGAGUAGGAGUGAGGCCUUCGUUUCUGUGGCUCUUGACAUCUUGUGUGCAGAUCAAAACUUUGCAGAAUCAUAGAAUGGCUCAGUUUGGAAGGGACCUUAAAGAUCAUCUAACUCCACCCCCCCUGCCACAGGGAGGGACACCACCCACUAGAUCA